AUCCAGUUGCUGCACACGCUCCCUUCCUCUCCCCUCCCACCGCCUGCCUGCUGCCUGCGGGGGCUGGAAGCGGAGGCGGAGGCAGAGGAGCCCCAUUAUAAAUCGCAGCAGAGCUCAGGCGGCCAGGGGACAAGCGCUGAGCUUCCACAAGGGCCCCUGCCGCCUGCCUGGCGCCCCUGGACCCCCGCCCGCCCCAGCCAUGGGUCUUCCGCCUCUCUCGGGGCUGCUCUGCUUGACUGUCCUCUGCCAUUUGGUUGCGCUGCUAGCCGGACAGCAACACGGUGUGAGCAAGUGUAACUUCUCCUGCAACAAAAUGAUCAAGAAGAUUCCCGUGUCUCGUCUAGUCGGCUACCAACGAAAUCGGGAGUCCUGCAAUGAUGGAGCUGUCAUCCUGAAGACUGUGAAGGAUAAAUUACUCUGUGCUGACCCAAAGGAGAAAUGGGUCCAGGAAGUCAUGAAGAUCCUAGACAACAAGGCUGCUAUGAUUCAAAAGAGCGGCACAUUCGAGAGGCAAAUCGGUGAGGGUGAGCCCAGGACUACUCUGGGCGCCAGGGAGAUGUACUGGUCUGCUGCCUCAGAGGCGAACUUCACAGGCGAAAGCAGUGGUCUGGGGGCAGAGAGUGCCUUGGGGACUUCGCCAGGAGUGGCUGGUUCCAUGGGGACCAGGUCCUCCUCCACUUCAAAAGCUCCAGAUGGAGGGACUCAGAAAACUGAGAUUUUCAACAAGGCUGCCGUCACCACCGCCACGUCUUGGCAGAGUUCUGCUGCCGACCAAACUGGGGCAGGCCUCUGGACUGAGGGGAAAGCCUCUACCCAGACCCUCCCCACCCAGACCCUCCCUACCUGGGUCCCCUCCACCCAGGCCCUCCCCUCCCCGGUCCCCUCCACCCAGGCCCCGACUCUUUCCCACACUGUCUUAGAGGACAGCACUUGGCCUGGAAGCCUAACUGUGGGAAUCAAGGUACAGGACUCAUCAAAGAACUCUCUAGGGUUCAAAGAAAUGAGUCCCUCUGCAGCUCACACGGAUGCCUUCCUGAGGUCGGCCACUGUGUACGGUGUCUUCGAGGUCACUGUAUCCUCUGAAGGGACCCCCAGCAUUGAUGCACUGGCCUCUGGCAGCUGGGCCCCCAAGACUGAGGAGCUCCCCAAGGCCAAGGAGCCCAUUCUCACCACCGCAGGCCCCCAGAGUCUGGGCAUCCUCAUGACAUCCAUCCCUGACUCCCAGGUGGCCACACGAAGGCAGGCUGUAGGGCUGUUGGCCUUCCUCGGUUUCCUCUUCUGCCUGGGGGUGGCCAUGUUUGCCUACCAGAGACUGCAGAGCUGCCCCCGCAAGACGAUGGGGGAUAUGGUGGAUGGGAUCUGCUAUGUCCCCCGGAGCUGUGGCAGUAACUCCUACGUCCUGGUGCCAGUCUGAACUCCCCUGCUGCCUGCGUCCAUCCAGUCGUUCAACUCAGCGGCCCGGGGUCCCCCAUCCCCACACUCCCCCUCACCCAAGGGCCUGGCCCAAGCUGCGAUGACUGGAGCAAGGAGGCGGGGUCAUCUGGGUGGGUCUGCUCCCAGCUUCUGGAGGCCACCCUUGACCAUUCGUGACCUACUGUGGACAGAGCAGGUGGCCUCCCCAGCUCACUCCAAUGUCCCAAGACAAAAAACGCCCCUCUGCUGUUGGCUGAUCAGAGGGUCCCUUAGAUACCAUGCCAGCCCCCGUGAACAAUUAUUUACUGAACGCCCAGCCCCCUUGACCCACUCCCCGUGUUACCACAGUCAUCCCCUCUUGAAAACGAGCCUCGGGUCAGGCCUCUCCUGCCCGCUCCCUCAGACCUCAUCGCGUCUCUUGGUCCCGCUGCGGUCGCCAGCCACCCCGGCCACCUGCGGUGCUAGUUAUCCAUGUCUCCUGUCCAGACCCCAUGCCCCAGGCGGGGACCUGUCUUUUCUUGCAUGAGGCUAGUGUGGUGUUUCCUGGGACUGCUCCCAGCGGAGGUUCUGCCCUUGGGCAGGCGUUUUGGGAAUGAGAGAUGAAGUAAUCUGCUGGCUUUGAGUCCACCCUCACCACCCCCCACCCCCAACCUCCGCAUCUGUGAAGGAACAUUGACUAUGAAUGUGAAGGCUGGGAGUUUAGUCCCAGGCCCUCACCAGUCCAUCAAGACAUUCAUCCCUCUGGUGUCUCAUCUGUGAAAGGGAACAGGGAUGGUAGAUAUGUGGCAAUAACCUCUAUCCCUGUCAGGCAUCACUAGUUGAUCCAGAGACCCCUUUCUGCAGACCCUGGGUGCAGCUUCUCAAUCUUCAGCAGUAGAGAUGCUCUCAACCAUCGAUGAGACAGGCAAGUCCAUGAAUGCUGUGACCAGAAGGUCCUGCCCCCCCCCACCCACCCAGCGACUUGUGACAGCCUACCAGGUCAUAAGUGAAGGCUGAAGGAGGAGUGGAGGCCUGCAGGCUCCAAGAAAGGAGCCGGAGCAGCUGCAGGCAGUAGCCACACCCCUUCCUCUUCCACUCCUUCAUGAGGGACCCAGGUCCAGCAUUUUCUCUUUCUUGCCCACGGUCUGGGUUCCUCUUCCACCUCUCACUCCUUGAAAACACUGUCCUCUGCACUCUGAGUUCUUCCUGCCUCCCCUUCACCUCCACUGCAGGCAGGGCCAGGAAUUUCCAUGACGUUUUCCGUGAGAUCAGAAUCCACCAUGGAAACCUGAGGUUCCCGUGUUUACUUCUGAAAGGGACUCUGUCCUGUGGGGAGGGAUGGGCAGGGGAGGGGAAGUUGUGGGCAUGAGGUCAGAGGUUCCCUUUUAGGCACUGAAGACUCGGGCAGGGCUGGGUGGGGCUGAAGGCUCUCUGGACUGGCCAGCACCCCACCAUCAGAGCCAGACCUUCAAGUCUCACCCCUCAGGGUGUCUGGUGGCAGCUCCCCACCUCCCUCUGACUGCCUCUGAAGGUGUUCUUUGCAGCCCACCAGAGGAGUCUCCUAUGGGCUAGGCUCUCCAUGUACAGGUGGCAUGCUCCUUUGCAGACAGAUGCUGAGACAGUGUACACGAAGCUGAGAGAGUGUACAUGCGGCUCUGGUCCACAGAGAGAGGGAAGCCAGCUUUCCCUGUCCGCCUGGUCCUCCUCCACGCCCGUGAGGGCCUGGCUCGGUUUGGGGGCACUCUGACCACUCAGAGAGGGGGACAGCAGAUCUGAAUGCACUUUUUUGGUUCUUCUUGAUGGGGAGACUUCAAGGGAUGGGGCCCCUGUGAUGGGGCUCCCACCUGUGAUAAAACGGCUGGGGACAACAAGUCCCCCUUCCACAGACUUUAUGAGGUCCUCCGGAGAAGGACAGAGACAAAGACAAUUUGGGGAGGGCUUUGGAAGGAGUUGGUUGAUCCUUUUGCUUUUCCAACCCUAUCACCAAUGUCUGUACCAUUUUGUAUUUUACUAAUAAAUUUGAAAAGUCUUGUGGGUCCUA